AUGGCCACCACAGGGAAGCCCGCGGCCGCCGCCGCUCUCCUGGUUCUCCUUGCCGUCGCAUUAAUUGCGCCGGCAUCGGCGAGCACGCUCACCGUCUUCUCCGGGCCAGGAUGCAGCGGACGGAGCAAGGACGUUAACGGCUGCGGCUGUUUCGACCUCACCGGCUACCAGAGCGGCUUCCACUUCGUGUUCACGGAGGAGCAGGAGGCCGUCCUAUACACGGACCGCCACUGCAGGAACAGCUAUCGCACUAAGUUUCUGGAUGAGGAGACCCGUUAUUGUCGCAGGUUCCCCUUCAGGAGCGUGGAGAUGGUGUGCUAA